UCGCCAGUCUUUCGACACCAAUGGAAAUUACAGAAAUUACUAUUGACGCGACAUUUUCGUGCGCCACCCGGUAUAUAGCGCUCCGAUUGCUCCGAAGUUUGCAUCAGCCUUAGGUUAGGUCGGGUCAGGUUAGGUUACGUUAUGGAGUGGGUCGUCCGCUGCGAGAGCGGCAGUCGUGUAAAAAUUCUAGUAUUAUGAAGACAUGCCGUUUAUUGUCACAAGUGCAUUUCGUUUCGAUUGCGUGAUUGCGUAAUGGGUGAUUUAAUCGCGCGAACGCAAGGAUAAGAGCCCUCGGAGCCGUCGGAGCUCGGAGCCUUCGUGUCUCGCGAGCGAAACGGGAGGUUAUGUCGCGCGCGGCACGUGAGAGCUACGUUAACUUGCCUGCGGUGACACUUGAGGAUCUUCACGGACCGAGCGCGAGAGGAUGUCGUCCGAGAAGCCGUGUCGCGCUUGCAUGGACUUCCGGACGUGGGCGAAACGCCAGAAGGAAGUCUACGACUCGGAGAAGGGAGCACAGAAGAAACAGGACCAAACACCGAAUGCCAGGAACGGUGGUACUCGAGACGAUUGUCCUUUGGACAAGGAUGAGUUGGGCUCGAAGACCUGGGGCUUCUUGCACACCAUGGCGGCGUACUAUCCCGAUCAACCGAACGAGAGACAAAAGUCUGACAUGAACAGCUUCUUUCACACGUUUUCCAAAUUUUAUCCCUGCAACGUAUGCGCGGAGGACCUGCAGGAGCAAUUGAAACACUCGCCGCCGGAGACCGGGUCGCAGGAAAAAUUGAGUCAAUGGCUAUGCAGAAUUCACAAUGAAGUCAACAAGAAACUCGGGAAACCAGAAUUUGAUUGUAAACUAGUAAAUCAGAGGUGGAGAGACGGUUGGCUGGAUGGUUCUUGCGAUUGAUAAGUAGCAAUAAUAGUUUUAGAAUGUACAAUGGGACCUGAAUACAAUACGAAUUAUUGUAUAAAUAAUUGUUGUAGAUUUUUUCAUUGGACAUUGCUCUUAGAUUCUCGACGGUACGAUGUGUACAUAAGGAAAUAUGAAAUUAAUAGCGAUAUAUGUACUUAAAAGACUUUCCAAGUUCUGUUUUCUUCCUGGAACAAUAUAGUAAAUUUACUAUAAGAGAUGGGAAUAAAAUUCCGAAGUUACAAAAUAAGAGACGGGAAUAAAAUUGCAUUAUGCACUUUAUUAUAAAUAUCUUUGUGAUAAGAGAAAAAUCGUAUAGAUUCGAAACUACUUAUAUACAAAUGUUUGCCAACGGCAAUAUUAUUCAGUAUUAUUAUUAACAUUAUUCUACUAUCUAAAUU